GACUGUAGAGCUCAGUAUUCUGACAGGGAGACAGGACGCCUUUUUCGAAUGCUGUACACAUGAAGUUAAGAUAAACUGGGAGAUUAUUAGAGGAUAAUGAGCCGUGGAUCUAAAGCUAAAACAGAGAGCGCCCGGAGCUCUUUGUUGAGCCUCCAGGAGAAUGAGAAGUUAGAGGAGCUGCUGGGCAGAAGGUGUGCUUCCAUGGCCACUGCAGUAGCACAGCUGUUCAUGGCUCUGCCUCAUAGUCCCUCCACAUGGAGCCUGCAGCACACCGGAGUGGUGUGCUUCAUCAAAGACAAUCCUCAGCGCUCCUACUUCAUACGGAUGUAUGAUUUGAAGGCAGGGAGGCAGAUUUGGGAGCAGGAGCUCUACAACCAGAUUGUUUACUCCUCGCCACAGCCGUACUUUCAUACCUUUGCAGCGGAUGACUGUCAGGUCGGGCUGAACUUUGCUCUACAACAGGAAGCAGACGAUUUCCAAAAUGUUGUUGAGGAUAAAAUCAGUCAGAGACACACCCGUUCAGAAAGGAAACAGCGCCCCCCGCCGCCCAGUGAUAGAGGUUCCCUGCCCCGUCCUCCUGAGAAAGCCGCAUCACCUGGCAGCCCUGGCUCUUUUCACAUGGCCACAGUGGACAUCCAAAACCCAGAUAUCCAUUCUUCGCGGUACCGCUCGAUGCCUUCACCUGCUGCUUCCCCAGCCCUGAUCAGCAAAGGAAAGAAGGAUAAGAAGAAAGGGAAGAAGGGCCCCAAAAUCUCCAAAGCAGACAUCGGGGCACCCAGUGGAUUUAAGCAUGUUAGUCAUGUCGGCUGGGAUCCCAACAACCUCGACCCUGAUCUGUGGAAGCUGCUCUCCCAAGCUGGAAUUGGUGAAGACGAGAUGAAGGAUGAAAAGACCUCCCAGCUCAUCUAUAAUGUCAUCGAGCAGUCUGGAGGCAUGGAGGCGGUGAAGAGGGAGGUGAACAGAGCCAGUGUACCUCCACCACCUCCACCUGGCAGACAAGGACCUCUGCCUCCUGUGCCGGGCUCCCACGCUCCCACCCCUCCACCUCCACGAGGCCGCUCUGGCCCCCUGCCUCCUAUCCCAGGCCAGUCACCUCGAGGGACCCCGCCCCCUCACCCGCCUCCCUCACGUGGAGGCUUGCCACCACCACCUCCUGCAACGAGCAGAGGCGGUCCUCCCCCGCCACCUCCACCAGCACACUCUUCUCAGUUCUCCUCACCGCCGUCCUCAAGGCCCCCAAUGUCCUCCCACAGCCUGCCUCCUCCCAUGCCGCCAUCUAACCAACAGCGCUCCAUGGGUUUCCCACCUCCUCCAGUCCCAUCGACACCCAGCGGAGGGGCCCCUCCACCUCCUCCUCCUCCUCCUCCACCCCCUCCACCUUCCCUACCUCCAAUGUCUUCAAAUUUCCCACCUCCUCCUCCUGCUUCUGGAGGCCCACCGCCACCACCUGCUCCUGUGUCUGGAGGCGGGGACGGCAGAGGAGCUCUGUUGGAUCAGAUCCGACUGGGGAAGAAGCUCAGAAAUGUGACAGACAGCCCUGAUGUAGCUGCGCCUACACCACCAGAGUCAGGUGAAGGCAUCGUUGGUGCUCUUAUGAUGGUCAUGCAGAAGAGGAGUAAAGUCAUCCAUUCCUCCGAGGAAAGCGAAGAUGACGGUGGAGAUGACGACGAUGAGGACGAUGAAUGGGACGACUGAUGUUGAAGUUCUUGCUUGUGUGGAUUUUGAACUUCCUUCAACUGUGAUUUUGAUGUCAAACUUCUGAAUUGCAGUACUGGUACAUGUUGAAUUUCAGGUUCAAGAAUUAAUAAUAAAACUGGAAUAUGUAUUGACAUGAUUAAAUCCUAAAUAACUCAAUAUAAAGGACUCGAAAGGGAAAGAAAACAAGUGUAAGAGAAUUCUGAAAUGUUUAUAUAUUUGUUCGAACAUUUCCAGUGUAGGAUUCAUCAGCAUGACAGCAUAGCACUGUGUCACUCACAAUGACGGUGAAUGUGGCUCUGACUGGAAAAAAGAAAAAAAAAAUCUUGUUCCUUAUGCUUCCACUAAAAAGAGCUGUUUUAAAAAAA